AAUACUUUUAAGUUUUCAUUCGAACUUUUUGUUUGCUUCAUUCUAUUCGAAAUCAAGCUUUCAACACAACGUAUUCCAGUUAGAGAGAUUUCCAUACCGGAUCUUCGUACCCAUGUCGCUCCCAAGAGAUGUACAAUUCUCUCUUUCAUUCCGGCUCAUCGACGUAUUGCUGGUCGUUUGAUUGACAUUUUCAUGGGAGCGCGCUCUGUUGAUGAUCUUCAAAGUGUAUCUGUUUAUGCCCGUGAUCGUGUGAAUCCGUAUUUGUUCAAUUAUGCAGUGUCUGUGGCGCUUUUACAUCGCCCAGAUACCAAAGGACUAGAUUUGCCAUCCAUUGCACACAAUUUCCUCGAUAAAUUUGUUGACUCGCAAGUUUUUAUACCAAUUACAAUUCUAUGGGAUUACACCGCUUCUGAUUUAGAGGCCGAACAUCGACUAUGGUAUUACUGGGAAGACCUUGGAAUUAGUCUCCAUCAUUUGUAUUGGCAUUUAGUAUACCCUUUCAAAUCUGGUGAUCGUGCUAUUGUGAACGAGGAUCGUCGGGGAAAGCUCUUCUACUACAUGCAUCAACAAGUGGUGGCCCGUUACCACUUACAGCGUUUCAGAAAUAAUCUCGCUCGGGUAGUACGUUUCAAUAAUUAGCGUGAACCAAUCGCCGAGAGUUAUUUCCCAAAGAUUGACUCUUUAGUUUCUAGUGGUGCUUGGCCACUACGAUUCGGCAUCAAUCGAAAUUUGGAUUAAAUUAAUUUAAUUUAGCUGUUUGUAAUGGUGUCUAACUAUGACCAAGAUAGGGUAAAAGAAUUAAUUGUUUGAAAAUCACCUUUUACGAUACUUACGAAUGUACUUUUUAUAUCGAGCAACAAUUGGUAAGGACAUGAAGCAUCUUAUUGCCGAGCUAUUGGUAGGUAUGCAAACAUCGUGAAAUCAAACAUCGAUGGUUCGAUGUAUCGAUAUUUCUUCAAAACCCAUCGAAAUCAAAAACAUCGACCAUUAAAACAUCGAAACACCGUUGUAUUUUUGAACUUUCUUAACUUAUUUUAAAUUUAGUGUGAAAAGCUAAGGGACACAGAAGCAGAAGCAUAAAUAAAUGAAAUGCAGUACGUCUUAAGUUGAUACAUUUUAUUUCACUUAGCAUUAUAUGUCUGUUAAAGUUUUUUCUCAAUAAAUAAAAGAAUUUCAAAACAACAACAUGGAUCGUUUACUCGGAACUGAAGUGCCCAUAAUGU